AUGAAAGAGAAAAAUAAUAAAUAUAGCUUAGUAACCAAGAAAAUUAUGGAUAAAACCUAUGCUCUCUCAUUUAAGUUGUGCGACUAUAUCAUAAGACCUCUUUUGUUUUAUGGCUUUACUCCCUUCAUAUUUGGAUAUGGACUUUUCUAUAAUAACGAAUUUACACUAAACCCAUUUAAAUUAAUUCCGAAAAUUUUAAUUGGUUGA